UCUGUCUUAGUGGCUAGAACUUUGCCACGAGCCCGGCCCUUCACUUCCGCGUUACUCUUUUAUUUUUCUUCUUCUCAAAGUUUCUUCGAUUGUCACUGAAUUUUGCCUUAGUCAGUUCGUGACCGUGCUGGAGAAGUUGUGAACCAACAGAUGGACCUCCGUGUGGGCCCGAGAAUCCCAGGCAGGGGGCGGAGGCCAGGCCCGUUAACAGGGCCCUACCGGCACUUGAACGUUUGAGUAUGAAGCGACCGGUGGAGGGAUGAAUUUAAACUUUCUCUCACAAGUGUAUGGUAGAACUAAAGACGACAGACAAGCAAGAGUCAUCUGACACUGUAAUUGGCUCACCAGUAAUUCCAGGACAAAGUUGGAAAGAACUACUCAAGCAUAAGACGGCCACAAAGAUGUUUGAUAUAAAGGCUUGGGCUGAGUAUGUUGUGGAAUGGGCUGCAAAGGACCCGUAUGGCUUCCUUACGACGGUUAUCUUGGCCCUUACUCCAUUGUUUCUAGCAAGUGCAGUACUGUCCUGGAAAUUGGCCAAGAUGAUUGAGGCCAGGGAAAAGGAGCAAAAGAAGAAACAAAAACGUCAAGAAAAUAUUGCAAAAGCUAAACGACUAAAAAAGGAUUGAAGGAAUGAACAGGCUGUAUAACCAGAGGAAAAUCAUUUUGAAAAUUAUGCAGCAUUGGAAGGGCCCACAAAGGUUUCUUUUCUGGUUUUUAUGGCUAUAAUUUGUUGUAAACAAAGUCUGAGUUCAUGGAAGAAUCAUGUUGUCACCUCUACUGCAGCAACUUUUAGGUUUUGGUGUAGAAGUCUGAUGACAGUUACUGUAAAUUGGCAUUUAUUAUGCUAUAAAUUCUUUAUAAUUGACUUAGUCACUUGCCAUUUGGCAGCUUAUGUUCUGAAAUGAAAACAUCCGGUGGUGAAGAAUGACUAUACAUUAUGAACUCUAUUCAAAUAAUGGCUUAGAACAGGGUUCUGUUCUGGGCGAAGGGAAUUGAGGAUGUAAUAGUCAAAACUGUCCUGAGGUGAAAAGUGUGCUUUGGCUUAAAAGCCAUAUAUUAAUUACAUCUUUUAUCAUUAUUGCUUACUUCCUGGAAUAGAAUCAUUUCUGGCUUUCUCAAAGCCACAUAUUAACCAAUGACUCUUUGUGUUCUGCAUUUUCUCAUUUUAGCCUUUGAGAUAAUUAUCAGACAUUUUGCAUUUUUUAAAAAUCUCAUUUUAUAAAGAAUUCUCUUAUUGGCUAUGUAGAAUUACCACCUACCAAGUAGAAGAAUUUUUGUACUUAUGAACACUGCCAUUUUCGCAGAGCUGUCUUGUUGAGUAGAAUAACACUUUGAUUUAAAGCUUGCAGUAAAAAUGCCAAAGCUUGUGGUACCUUGGAAGCAGUUUAAUCUUUACUGUGCUGUGUAGAAAUGUGUAGUUAAUAUGUCUUACUAUAUAACUUGCUCAUUAUGUAGAUGCCACUUGUGUGUUUUUAUUCCAUUCUUCAUUUUAAUUUAUCUAGUAGUGAUGUUCUGUACUUUCUGAUCAAGCAGGUUCAUGGUGAAAAUUAAACUUUCAGACUUCUUUUAAGGAAUUUUGAAAAAGUAAUAGUUAAGUCCUAUUUCAUAAGUGGUAAAAGUUUAACAUUUGGAAAAAUUUUGUUCCUCAUACUAGUAAUUGGGUGAAAAAGAUAAAUUAUGUCAAAAUGAGAAUGUGUUAAAAUUAGAAAUAAAGAGCUAAAAAGAUACUUCCUUCAAUUAAGUAGCAUAACUGGAACUUUUUACUAUUAAACAUGGCUUUUAUAAAUGCAGAGUCCAAUAAUUUUGUUAACUGUCAGUAUCUAAUAGCUUAUUAACAUUUUCCUCACCUCUGAUAAUGAAUUUUAAAUUACAAAUAAUUGUCCACCAGCUUUAAUUUAAAAAUGAAACUAGAUAUUGAAAUAAAUCUGAUACUUUUUUAUAAAGAGGUCCUGGGUUUUUUGUUUUUGUUUUUUUUAAACGGAGGGUUAGAUAUGUUACUGAAGUUAGACUUUUCAAAGGGUUCUGAAUUUAUUUAUAGCUACAAGCCUACUUGUAAAAGUUCAGGGCAAUGUUUCUCAACUAUGAAAACCUAAGGACUCAUGAGAAUGCUUAUAGACUGGUCUCCAGGCACUGAAAUAAUUCAGUGUUUUGUUAGGUUACUUACGUGAUUUAGGAUAUCUUUAUUGUCACUGAGGUUUUAAUAGUUGAAAUUAAAACGUAAACUGCUUCUGUGUAUCUCCUAGUCCUCCUGGGUCUGCAGAGCACAGUUUAAGAAAAAUUAGGCUAAGAUACAUGUAAAAUUUGUCAAUUAUCUACUAAAGCUGUGCUUUCAUUGAUUUCUUGUAUUGAAAUCUGUUUUUCUAUAAUUUCUUUUCGAGUCUUAACACAUGCCAAUUUUGAAUUUGUUUGACAUAGGCAGUUUCUUCAGCUUUAGUUUUUUCCCAACAUCUAUGGAGCCUUUUUAUAUAUGUGAGAUCGACAGAUUUUAUAAUAUGUAUGUCUUUACGUUUGUGUUUAUGUGGGGGAAAUGGGGAAUGCAAAAUAGAGUAUUGUGAGGGUAGAUUCUUCAGAAAAAUCAGUCUUUUCUCUGCAACAAAUAAUACUAUUGAUGAAAGAAUAUCAUUCUUACUAUGCCUAAUAAGGCAUAAAAUUUCUUUUAAAAAUUGCCUUUUUAUGUUACUUCUGAAGUUUUGAGGAUAUAAUCAAUUACCUUUUUUUAUUUAAAGAUUUUAUUUAUUUAUUAGAGACACGGGAGGGGGCGGCGAGAGAGAGAGAGAGAGAGACAGAAGAGAGAUAGAGACAGGCAGAGGGAGAAGCAGGCUCCAUGCAGGGAGCCUGAUGCAGGACUCGAUCCCGGGUCCCCAGGAUCACGUCCUGGGCUGAAGGCGGCCCUAAACCACUGAGCCACCCAGGCUGCCCAUCAAUUAGCCUUUUAUGCCUGGUUUUGGGAACAACACAGGCUGCCUAUAAUAGAUAUUUUACCCAAAAAAGAAAAAAAGGUUUGUGUGUCAAAAUUUGAUCCAUACUAUCCACGUGAUAAACUUCAGCAUGGUAUUGCUACAUCAGAUACACUUUUUAGUAUAGCAUUUUUAACUUUUAUUUCUUGAGGUUAUAGUAAGCAAAGUAAGCUUUCCAAGCUGUGAGCUUGAAAACCAAUGUUGAGAUAAAUUAUAAUUAACAGCUCCUGACUCAUUCCUUCUUUGCUUACACAUAAUGUAAAGGAAAGGGGUAAGGGGCACUUUACACCUCAUCUGGUAUUACGUUAGAGGUAAUCUGUGUCCUGUUAAUGAUUGUUUUUAUGUUUGGAAUUGGUUAUAACAUAACUCUGAUUUACUUUAUAUCUGAAAUAUAUAUGUAUGUAUAUGUAUGUGCUUCUCAAAUGUAUUAAAAUAGAUUCCAUGUUCAAAUACCACAAGUUUGGGAAAUAUAAAAAACACGGGAUUAUUCCUA